GGCACUCAUCCUAUCUCACGCCCACACGGCCCCACUCGCCAGAGACUAGUGCGGAGCCAGAGUGAGCGACGCGCCCGAGCAGAGCCGAGCCCGCUCGCCAUGGCGCCACCGCCGCUGCCACUCUUCUCCCCGUCCCCGAAGCCCCCGCCUCCGCCGCCGUGGCUGCACGGCCCCUCCACGCCAACCCACAACCCCUCCCCCGCCUCCGCGGCGCCUCCGCCCCCCGUUGAGGCAGCUCCUCCCAGCAAGCUCCGCCACCACGGCCCCAAACCGGCACCGGCGAGAAACACUGGCGGCAAGGCGGCCGCCAAGCCCCUCACCGCCGGCGUACCCGGCGGCCGCACCCGCCGCGCCGUUUUCGGCAUCAUCCGCCGCGUCCGCUCCCUCGAGCUCUCCGACCCUCCGCGCCCCGUCCCUGCCCGUAACUAUGACGCUGCCGCCGUCGCCGUCCCGUUCCACCUCCCGGUCGAGCCGCAGGAGCAGGCCCGGGAAGCGGCGGAGAAGGGGAAGCACCGGGCGGUGCCGUGGGCAGCGGCGGGGGACGAGGGCCUCAAGGUCGCGCUGCGGCGGGAGAAGAAGGCGAGGGAGCCCACGCGCGCGGAGACGGAGCUGGCGGCCGGCGAGCUGGACCGGCUGCGGUGGGUGGCGCGCGGGAUGGGCAGGUGGGCGCGGGCCAAGAAGGCCGGGGUCACCGAUGAGGUGUUGGAGGACCUGCGCCGGGAGUGGGCCAAGGGCGAGGAGCUCGCCGCCGUGCGCAUCGUCGAGCCGCUGCGCCGGAACAUGGACCGCGCCAGGGAGAUUCUGGAGAUAAAAACAGGAGGCUUAGUAGUUUGGACAAAAGGAGACAUACAUUUUGUUUACAGAGGAAGCAAUUAUCAGCAAAACACAAAGCAAAGUCACUAUUCCAUGAGUGAUGUUCAAAAUUUGAAAUACAAUGUUCCUACAACCCAGCUUGAAUAUGGUAACGAAGGUGAAGUGCUAACCAAUGCUAAUAGCAAAGCAGAUGAUGCUUUCCAAGAAAAGUAUCAAAGCAUUUGUGGUCAGAAGGAUGAAGAACCUGUCAAGGGAACUCUCUAUGAGAGAGAAGUCAACAGAUUAUUGGACAGUUUGGGCCCUCGAUUUGUUGACUGGUGGUGGAACACACCAUUGCCUGUGGAUGCUGAUCUACUCCCGGAGUUUGUUCCAGGAUUUAAGACUCCGUUUAGGCAGUGCCCUCCUGGUGUGAGACCAACACUAGCAGAUGUGGAGUUGACAUACUUGCGCAAACUUGCACGCCCUUUGCCGACACAUUUUGCCCUUGGUAGAAAUACAAGACUGCAGGGUUUGGCUGCUGCUAUACUGAAGCUUUGGGAAAAAAGCCUUAUAGCGAAAAUUGCGCUGAAAGUGGGUAUCCAAAAUACAAACAAUGAACAAAUGGCAUGGAACCUUAAGCAUCUUACAGGAGGCACCGUAAUAUUGAGAAACAAGGAUUUUAUUAUUCUAUAUAGAGGCAAGGAUUUUCUUCCUGGUGGAGUUGCUCAAACUGUAAUUCAACGAGAGGCUCAGGUACAUGAUGAACAGGUGAAGGAAGAAGAAGCUCGACUGAAAGCAGUUGACUCUCUUCAGAUGGUCGGUGGAUUAUCAUCUGAAGAAAGUUCUGUAGGAACAUUCAGGGAGUAUCAGGACUUCCAAGCUGACCAUGUGCAUGGAAAUACUGAAAACUCCAACACUAUCAUUGAACUAGAGGCUGAGAAGCAUAGAUUGGAAAAGGAACUGAAAGACCAAGAAUGGAAGCUUUCCAUUCUUAACAAGAAGAUUGAAAGAUCCAACCAGGCACUGGCAAAGCUUCACAGUUCUUGGAGCCCUUCAGAGGAGUCUGCAGAUAAAGAACUCUUGACAGAAGAGGAAAAGGCAAUGUUCCGCAGGAUUGGCCGCAAAAUGGAUGGCCUUGUUCUUCUAGGAAGGCGUGGUAUCUUUGGUGGUGUAAUUGAAGAGAUUCAUCAGCACUGGAAACAUAAAGAGGUUGUGAAAGUAAUUACGAAGCAGAAUCAAGCCCGCCAAAUCAUCUACACAGCGAAUCUGCUUGAGGUUGAGACAGGUGGUAUACUAAUAGCAGUAGAAAAGCUUCCAACCAGCCAUUCCAUAAUACUUUACCGUGGAAAAAACUAUCGCCGCCCAGAAAAAUCAUCAUCCAGUAAUCUGCUAACAAAAAGAGAAGCACUGCGAAGAUCAAUUGAGGUCCAACGACGAGGGUCAAUGAAAUACUUUGCUCGGGAAAGGCAAAAGUCCAUUUUGGAACUGAAAAGGAGGCUGAGAUACGUGGCAAGGCAAAUCAAGUAUCGAACCCCAAGAUCAUGAGGAGCUUGGAUUUUUUUAAUGCCGAACAAUUACCUGCAGCUUUCAUAUGGGAUGGCUGUGUAAAGCCCUAAAUGAACAAUGUUGAAACUUGAAAGUGUAUAGCUGUAUAAUUGUCUGUUGUUGUACAUAUGUGCCACUUAACACGGGAAAAUAGAUUAUUCCAACAGCAUGAGCCCCA